AAAGCCCACGACGUUUGUAUUGACGGACCAAGUCGGCAUGUUGAAGCAUGGCUGGAGAAGGCGAAAAGAAACCAGUACUGGAGAUAGUCCAAGCUGAUGGGGCAGAUGAGGGCUGUGUGACAUUUGUGCUGCAUGAUGAGGACCAUACACUGGGAAACUCCCUCAGAUAUAUGAUCAUGAAACAUGUGGAUGUUGACUUCUGUGGCUACACUAUCACCCAUCCAUCUGAGAGCAAGAUCAACUUUCGCAUUCAAACACGAGGGGGAGUUGCAGCCACAGAGCCUCUACGGAGGGGUCUGAAUGAGCUCAGUGAUGUUUGUCAACAUGUUCUCAACACCUUUCAGGCCAGAGUUAAUGAGUUCAAAGAGAGGCAGGAGCAGCCCAUGGAAUGAUGAGCAUCAUGUAUAUGGGACUGUGGAGCUGUCGGACUAAGUUCCUCCAAACUGUAAAAAUUAGUUUCCAUGAUAUGUCCUUUUUGUACAUGUCUACGAGCUAGAGAGCGGUAUGGCAACUUCUCCUACCCCUCACACUAGUUGGAUCAUGUCACAUUCAAACAUCUGUAUAGUUUUCUUUUUGUAUUGUGUUCAAAUUCAGUUAUUGUGUAUGAUAAAUGUGUGUUCUUGAGUUCA